CACACCUCUCUCUCAGACACAAUUCGCAUUUCUCUCUUCUCAAAACGCCGCGUUUUAUUCUCACUCUGAAAAAUCACACGUCACUUUCUCUUUACAGUAACUGUACUUGAAAUUCAAAUGGAAGCACCGGAUUACUUUGUCGGUGGUGGAUACUACGGUGCCGCCGGAGGACUCGACCAAUUCUCACCGGAGAAACGUCACGGUUACAGUGAUCAGAAGCCUUGUGAGCCGUUUGCCAUUGAUGACUUGCUUGAUUUCUCCAAUGCUGACGCAAUUAUGUCAGAUGGUUUCUUCGAUAACAAUGUCGCCGGAAAUUCAACCAACUCUUCCACCGUCACUGCUGUUGAUAGCUGUAACUCGUCCGGAGAUAACCGCUUUGGAGGCUCAAUUGUACCGUAUGGUUUCGCCAGCGAUGUUCAGCUCACCGGUGAACUAUGUGUUCCGUAUGAUGAUAUGGCGGAAUUGGAAUGGCUUUCGAAUUUCGUGGAAGAUUCAUUCUCCGCUGAAGAGGAAUUGAAAACACUGCAACUCCUCUCCGGUGCCGGUGCAGUUAAACCACAGACACCGGAAUCUUCCUCUUCCACCGACACGCUUCCUCCGUUUUCGGCGGACGAGAGUUUACGCAACGCUUCGUUUCUCCGGCCGGAAACACCUCUCCCUGGGAAAGCACGGAGCAAACGCUCACGCGCUGCUCCAGGAGACUGGUCCACGCGCCUACUUCAUCUGCCAGACGCGCCAGUUUCUCAGAUGAAGAUUAUGCCGGUGAAGAAGCGUGAGGAUCCGAAUGCGGAAUGCUCCGGGAGAAAAUGUCUGCAUUGCGGUACCGACAAGACGCCGCAGUGGCGAACCGGACCGAUGGGACCGAAGACACUGUGCAAUGCUUGCGGCGUGAGGUUUAAGUCCGGUAGGUUGGUGCCGGAGUAUCGACCGGCGGCGAGUCCGACUUUCGUUUCGGCGAAGCAUUCGAAUUCGCAUAGGAAGGUUCUGGAACUGAGGAGGCAGAAAGAGAUGCAAAGAUCACAGCAUCAACAGCUUCUAAGUCAUGGUUCAAUUUUCGGCGUAUCCAACGGUGGAGAUGAGUUUAUCAAUUAUCAUCAUCAUCAUCAUUGUGGGCCAGAGUUUAGGCAUGUGAUCUAGUGAGUGCUAGCGUACCAUAGCUUAAUUUAGGGUGCAGUUCUUUCUAAGUUUAAAGUUUAAACUAUCUUUCGCUUUGGCACUCUUUUUUGUCUUAUAAAAAUUUGAAUUGUAGCUUUUUUUUUGUUAAUUAAUUUCUCUUUUUUUCCUUUAAAUUAAGGAAGAAAAAUGUAGAAUUAAGGUGAGGGGAUGAAAUAGGGCAGAGAGAAAGAGCUUCAUUUGGUUGUAGAAUCUACUCUUUAUUAUUUUCCUUGCCGAAUUUGGCAAAUUUAGAAUUAAAAAAAUCUUCUUUAUUUGGAAAA